UGCGCCGAGAGAAAAGGGGGAAAAGCCAGGAGAAAAUAAGGAGGGGAUCUACCACCUGUGAGUGCCUGUGCGGAUCAGUCCACAGUGUGGUUUGAUCCACGGUGGUUUGACCUCUGUUCCGGUUUCGUCGUCACGUACUUUACGUUUGGACCAAAUAACCAAAAGAACCAAAAAAAUCCAAUUUUCGUACCAAAAAAAAAAACAAACAAAUUAUUCAAAUCUCCCGCCACUGUCAUUUUGUGUGCCUCAACUUGUCUGGACCAUCAAAUCCCGCAAAAAUGGUCAAGUCUCGGAUAACAGCGUCGCGGCGACUACGGGCUCAAGUCAAGAAACACCAGAAAACGCGACGAGGUGGUCACAAUGGAUUCAGUCCACGACUGCGAGAAUUAAAUUCCGGCGACGUGCCAUGGGAAAUGCCGAGCGGCGGUAAGAGACAUUCCGGAGGCGUUCAAGAAGAUGACGUCACUCCGUCAGCUCCUCCGUUGGACCACAUGGAUCAAGUUUACGGAUACGAGACGACGUCCUUUGACGCCGUGUGCAUUCCUCCUCCGCCGAGUUUGUCCGAAUGGGAAGAGGAUCAGCAGCUGCAACUGGAGCAGCACAAGUCGCAAGGAGAUGCUGAGAAGAAGGAGCUACAACAACAACAACAACAACAACAACAGUCUGACGGUGGUGGUGGUGGGGGCGAAGCGACGAGUCCGUCCCGUCUCACGAUCGCCGAAAUUCCGCCCGUCAGCGAAGUCGACGCCCGCAACGCCCUUCUCGGAUUGGUGACGGAGCAUUGCUGUUGGGGUCGAUCAGCUGCCCGUCACAUGUCCAUCGGCAAAAUCCUGUCCUCUUCCGCUUUCCACUACGAAAUCCAAACGUUUACGGAGAAGCGGGAGACGUCGUGGGCUUUUAUGCCGCACGGCGGAGGGGAAAUUGAUGGUCCUCGUUGCGGUCCCGCCCCUCGCCCGUGGGACAUCCCAGCCGAUCCGUCGGAUCUCUUCCGCAGCGAAAUGAAGGUGCUCCAAGUGCCGCACACGGCCUCCGUCAAAACAUGUCACCGAUGUCGCGGUGCCGGGAGCCUCCUCUGCCAAGAGUGCCACGGCAAGGGAUGGACGAGGUGUCUGAGUUGCCACGGCGACGGAUGGGGAUCCGAUUCCGCCGGGAACAAGGAGCGCUGCUUCUUUUGCCAGUCAUCCACUCACGGCAGAGGACGUCAGGAUUGCUUGAAGUGCAACGCCAAGGGUCGGGUGGCCUGCCCGCCGUGCGACAGUUACGGUCAAAUCCGGUGCUACAUUAGUUUGACCAUCACGUGGAAGGCCAACACGUCCGAGCACAUUGUGGCCAAAUGCUCGUCGCUGCCCGAAGAUCUCAUCCGCCAAGUGUCGGGCCAGGUCGUCUACGAGGAGGAGGGGCCCCGCAUCCCGCCGCUCAACACAUUCGCCGACCCGACCAUCAACUUGGCCUCGGCCCAGCUCGUCCUCAACCACAACCGCCAGUGGCCCGAUCAGAGAAUUCUCGCUCAGAGACAACAAGUCAGAAUGGUGCCCGUCACUGAGGUUCACUACACUUGGAAAAGACGGACGGGUAAAUUCUUCCUCUACGGCUACGAGCACAAAGUCUACGCGCCCGACUACCCCCAAACUUGCUGCUGGGGCUGCUCCAUUUUGUAACGACACGCGAAACGAAACACACAAACAAAUUUCACUCUUCUCCUUCCUUUUAUUUCAUUUCUUAAAAAAACAAAAACAUAGAAAAGAAAUGGAAAAUUUAAACUGCACAACCCAAUGGCAUUGCGAAAAUCGUCAAAUAACCCAGGCUCUCUCUAUCUUUCCGCUUCUUUUUAGUAAUAGCGGGACGUUCUUUAAAUUUAGAAUGACGAACUUGCCACACCCAAGUCCAACCUCCAUCACAUCGUUUAUUUCCCCCCCCCCUCCUUCCUUUCCCGUUUCCCUCCAUGAAUCACGCCGUUUUAUUUCUCUCGUCUCAUUUCGAUUUAUUUUUCAAUUAGCGUUCAUCAAUUUCCAUUUCUCAGUGUCGGCGUGAAUUUUUUUUUUAAAACAAAAAGAACGUGAUCGUUUUCGAUGCGUGUCACAAAUGUCAAACGCGAGUGAAUGUUAUAACCCUAGCUACUAAACUAUACGACAGUCAAGGCAGGAAGCUGGUCUUCAUCUUCAACGGAUUUGACCGAUUCAUUUUAACUUUUUUUUAAAAAUUAAUUUCGUGAUUUUUUUUUUUUUUUUUUUUGAUUCGGGAAUUAUUUGUCUUUUAUUAUUAUUAUUAUUAUCCUCCAACGAUGCGUUUAUAUUUUGGAAAUGAUUAUUUUCUACCUCUCAUGAACAAAAACAUCAAAAAUUGAUAUUGACUAAAACAACCAACCAACAAAAACCAACUAAAAAAGAGAAUUUUCACGAAAACAAAAAUCUCUUGGACUCUCUCCUAACUCCCCCACCAUCUCAUGUUGCAGUCUUGCCCUCAAUGUGUUUUUGCGUUCCUUAUAUAUUUCUCGUGCCUGUGUCGUCGUGUCUUUUGUCUUUCUUCUCUUCUCUCUCUCGUUUUCUUCUCUUCGCCAAGUUGCGUGUUUUUCGGUGACUAUAUUUUUUCAAUGUUCUCUACUACGUCGAUUGAGUUAUGUUGUUUUUACUCUCUCUCUCUCUCUUCAUUUUCCAUUGGUUUUUAAUGGGAAUCAUUUUCGUCGACAAUAUGUGCUCUCUUGGUACUAUUCAAAUUGUUUUGAAUCUCGUUGUAGCAGCUACACAUGCAGGUUUUUUAUUUUGACUUUAUUUUUGAUUUUGUUUGUGUUUUUUGGGGAGGGUUCAUGUGUUGGGGGGGAAUAAAAAGGGUCGGGAUUGGUGCAUGUGGGGUGGAGGGAUUCUCUAUUGGAUUUUGUCACGCCCACACCCCACGGUCUCUUAUUUCUGGCGAAAUAAAAUAAAAAACCAAACAAAAAAGGAAAACAAAAGUAUAACAAUACACUCGAUCCUCGUCCAUCUUA